AUGGGAGUGUCUUCAAAGCUGAGAAAGGCAGCAAGAACAGUGGCGGUGGCUGCUUGCUCCUCUUUCUCUUGCACAAAGCCGUCACCUGCUGCUCUUGCCGAUGUAGAUCAUCCUCAUUCCUAUCACUUCUCCAUCACUGGUUCGGAUUCCAGUGCAUUGUCUCUCGCGAAGCCAGAGGAAGCAGCACAUUGUUCCACUCUCGACAACCACAAUGACAGAAACGUGAAUUGUAAGCAGAAGUUGUGCGCAAUAUGCCUCGAAGCUCUGAGUUACAGCAAGGGAAACACCCCAGGCCAGGCUAUAUUCACAGCUCAGUGCUCUCAUUCAUUUCACUUUGCUUGCAUCUCAUCCAAUGUCCGCCAUGGCAGUGUUACUUGCCCCAUCUGCCGUGCCCACUGGACCCAACUUCCCCGCAACCUAAACCCACCGUGUUCCCUUUCUUGCACCCAAUCUGAUCCCGUUUUUCAAAUCCUUGAUGAUUCUAUUGCCACUUUCCGGGUCCACAGGCGCUCUUUCCUGCGCUCUGCCCGUUACAAUGAUGAUGACCCCAUUGAGCCUGAUGACACCUCAACUCAUUCACGCCUUCACUUCUCCCUUGUGCCCAUACCGCUAACACUCUUUCACCAUCCAUUCACACAACCCUCUGGAUGGCUCUCACACUGCCAAUAUCCCCACCACCCUUCUUCAUUGUUUUCACACCCACCAUCUCCGCACUCAUACACCUCAAAUGUGAGACUCACUCCUGCCUAUCUAUCUGUACAGUCAACACAGCAAAGAGCUAUAGACAUGGUUCUGAUAACAAGCCCCAACGGACCGCAUCUGAGGCUUGUCAAGCAGUCCAUGGCAUUAGUGGUGUUCUCUCUCCGUCCAAUUGAUCGUUUAGCCAUCGUCACUUAUUCCUCACUUGCAGCCCGAGUGUUCCCCUUGAGACGCAUGACAUCCUACGGUAAGCGAACAGCACUGCAAGUAAUCGACCGUCUUUUCUUCACGGGACAAGCAGAUCCAACGGAAGGCCUGAAGAAAGGGAUAAAGAUACUCGACGAUCGUGCGUACAAGAAUCCGCGGUCAUGUAUCCUGCAUCUGUCAGACAGCCCAGUAAGACCCUACCACACAAUCAACAACAUACAAGUCAACAUUCCAAUUCAUCGGUUUCAUCUAGGAUUUGGCUUAAGUACUUCAAAUGGAUUUGUGAUGCAUGAAUUUGAAGAGUUCUUGGUUAGGAUAGUGGGAGGUGUGGUCAGAGAUGUCCAGUUACGAAUCGGGGAAGAAGGCAGGAUAGUAAGGGUGGGAGAGCUAAGAGGGAAUGACGAAAGGAGAGUGGUAUUAGAGAUUGGGGAAGAUGAAGAUGUUUGUGUAGGGUAUAGCUACGUUGAAGGGGAGAAUGAUGAAUGCACCAAAACAGGAGAAAUUAUAGUGAGUUUAGAGGAUAGAAGGGAAGCAGACCAUGACAAUAGCAGAGGAAGUUCUGCUGCAGGGAGCAUAAUUGGGGGAAGGAGCAGCAAUGCAGAGAGCUGGGAUUACCAUGAUCCUCAUAUGGCUAGAAGAUGGGCUAAACAUUUGCAUGGUUGUAGACUUUGAAUUAAGCAAUUUCGCCAUACAAAUAUGAAAGAAUCCAUCACAAUUUUCAAUUUGAUUAUCAUUUAUUAUCUUCCUCGUAGAUUGUACUUAGCAGCCAAUCAAACCGCUAGAAAAAUAGGUUUUUCUUCACAAGUGUAUCAUUAAAAUGCUUCCCACCUUCAAUUGUUCCAAUCUAUAUCAUCUGACUAUGAAUCAUUAUCAUUUCAAUUA